AUGCCGACGACGCGAAAGGGUGGGAAGCCUAAUCAGCGUGCAAGAAUUCAGUCACAGUCGCUACAGAUUGGCCAACUCGAGACUACCCCAACAAGCCGUCACCUGCAGUCUCGUCGAGUGGACGAUAAGCCCGACCCUCCAAGUGCCCAGCAACCACCACAAGCAUCAGCAAAUGAGUACGAAGAUAAAAUUGACGAUGCUGAUUUGAUAGUCUUGAAUGAUGAACUAGACGUUCCAAAAGACUUUUGGUCCGAAGCUGCUUCCACUCAUCGAAGCACACCUGCUCCAGAAGCAGGCAGAGCCCAUUUCGAUAGUCCUUCAUCGGUUAUUGAUGACUUUUCGAGCCUGAGAUCGGGUUCGGGGAAGCUUCCUAGUACACAGCCUUUGCCAUCACAGUUGGUGGCAAGGCCUGAGGCCAAUAACUACGACUUUUUGGAAACAGCAACCACUGCACGACGAAGUUCGCCGGUGCAGCCACACAACACGCUAUCACGAGUCGCUCUUGAUAGAGCCUGGGAGUAUCCUAAGAACAAUACUGUCCCUGAACUACCAGGUACCAUCCCCGAUUCAUAUCAGGUUCCCGAGCUAGACGCCAUGAAACACUUGCCGGAGAACGAGCUAUAUGAUGCCACCCCGGCAUCAGAAGAAGAGCUCCAGGAUGCUCCGAAGCAACCUCAGGUUACUACGAAGUCGAAGCCACCACAAAAGGCUGGAGCGAAACGCAAGGCUACGAAGGGUGUAAAGAAAGCCAAGGCGGCCGUCGAGAUUUUGGAGGAAGAAGUUGGACCAGCUGAUGAGGAACCGUCCGUUUCUCCCUCUGAACAGCCUAAACCGAAACGCCAGAAAUUGGGGAAGACUUCUGAACAAGUGCAGAAAUCGCCUGCCGUACAAACACCAAAGUCAACCGAAGCAAAGGGAAGCGUAGUGAGGCGCGGCAAACAAAAGUUCAAGCCGGCUCUUGAGUUUGAUGAAAAGACACAGCAAGUCAUUGACAAGUCACCAAACCAGUCUGGACACAUGUCCAUGGUAGAAAGCAUGAGGCAAGCACAUGCUGCUUCAGUUUCGCCUAUUGAAAGCACCAAGAAGUCUACCCCUAAGCCUAGAAAGAAGCCAUCUCCCCGAGCUGUUACAAAGGCGGCUCCCAAGGCUGCACCAAAGCCAUCCCCUAGGGUUACAACAAAGGCUUCCCCAAAACCCUCUCGAAAGGCCGCCGCCGUUGCUGCUCGGCGCAUUACGCGCCAGUCAGCUCUAGCAGAAGAGUUGACCCAGCCGAGCUCCGAAGAAGUCAUUUCUCCAGCAGUCGAACAGGCAGAGCCUGUCACCAAAACUUCGGAUGCGGCGACAAAGAAGACAGCAACAAAGACAAUCGUGAAGACGGAACCUUUAUUGCAACCUGCGAAAGCUCAAGCGGAGCCCAAGGGUAUCAACGAUACUCAAGGCUCGACCGAGAAUCCUAUUCUACUCUCUAGCGCCGGUAGCAGUUCAUCAUUGUCUGAUGCUGGUGACUUUGUUCCAUUCAACGAUCAGGCUGAGGUUCCACCAGUAAAACAGGCCACUGCACGGGAGAAAUCUAUAACUGUGAGAGCCGACCCGAAGGAGCCCCUUUUGCAGAGAACCAACCGUCCGCCGAUUAGGAUUGGCCCAGGGGAGGUUCUGUCAGCUCGAGAUGCCAACAUGCUUGCCCAGUACAAUGCUUCCAAGGCAAAUACUUUGAAAAGAACUGCCACUGCACGAGACACUCUCGUCGAUACUUCUGCACCUCCUCGUAAGACCAUGAAGCGAUCUCGAAGCUUCAGUGUCAGCCGAGCAGGUAGCCCACUGCCUGUUGACGCGACGAAUCCUGUUGAAGACACAAGUCCGAUCUAUGAAGAGGAAGAUGAGCCUGAGCCUAUUCUUCCACAUACUCACAAGCAAAUCAACGGUCUGCAGCAAGGCUAUCUCUCAGGUCUGGCAGCUGCAAAGUCAAUGCCUGCAAGAACCCGAGUGUUGGUAAAGGAGAAGCCAAAGGAGAAGCCACGUGUUGAACCAACACUGCCCAAGGAUCCAAUUGAGGAGGUGGCAGAGGAACUACACGGGCACGUCAAAGCCAUGUUACAUCGACUUCAAAGCAGCGAGCACAUCAUUUAUCGAGCCGCGGAUGCUUAUCAGAAGAACAGUAUCGAUGGCGUGGAAAAGAUCGGACGGAGAUACGAACAGGAAAAACGGAUUCUUAGCAAGACAUGGAAGCGGGAUGGUGAUCGGUUUAUUCGUGGCGCACGGGCAGCGAGGGCAGCGCUGGACAAACAACGUGAAUUGCGGGAGGAGGUUACCCGCCAAAUGCAAGAGGCGGUAGCAACACGCCAGCAUCUAUAUCAAAAGGCUAUCACUAGUUUACACGCACUCCAGGGGCAGUUGACUCAAGAUUAG